GCUUUUCACGUACACGACUUACUGAAAGGGAAAAACAUUUCAUCAGAACGAGGAAACGUGUUCUGUAAGAAAACUAUCAGCCGGUCUGGCCACCUAAGACCGAGGUGCCAAUGCACCCUCCCGUAAGACACGCGCGGAAGUUUUCUUGGUCGCUCUGCGGCUUUUCCUCUCCUUCUCCUUCCUUCCUUCCGCCCUCCCUCUCCCUGUUUCUCUCUUUCUUUCAUUUCCCCGGCCUGUCUCUCUCACACUGGGCUGUGCUCCUUCCUUCCCCUGCCUCACUUUUCUCCUCCAGUUUUGCUUCCUGCAGCUCCAUCCAUAAUGAAUGCGCGGUGACAUCAGCAGAGCUUGGCGAGGGCGUCCUAAUCUGAUUGUGCGGGGAGCCUCCAGUGCCGCAGCGGCGCGCAAAGCAGAGCGGAGCUCAGCUCACUGUGCGUCGGACGUCGCUUCUCUCGCAGUGCCUGCAUGACUGUCACAAAGAUGUCAUGGCGCCCUCAGUACCGGUGCUCCAAGUUUCGAAAUGUCUAUGGCAAGGUAGCUAACAGAGAGCACUGCUUUGAUGGAAUUCCCAUUACCAGGAAUGUUCAUGACAACCAUUUCUGCGCAGUCAAUGCCAAGUACCUUGCCAUAGUAACAGAGAGCUCCGGCGGUGGCUCGUUUCUUGUCAUCCCACUGGAACAAACAGGAAGGGUUGAUCCCCACUUUCCAAAGGUCUGUGGUCAUCAAGGCAAUGUCCUGGAUAUCAAGUGGAAUCCAUUCAUCGAUAACAUCAUAGCUUCAUGUUCCGAGGACACCUCUGUAAGAAUCUGGGAGAUUCCCGAGGGUGGACUAAAGCGAAACAUGACAGAAGCAGUCCUGGAACUAUAUGCACACAGCCGGCGUGUUGGCAUUAUAGAGUGGCAUCCCACCACUAACAACAUUCUGUUCAGUGCUGGAUAUGACUACAAGAUCAUCAUAUGGAACCUGGACAUUGGUGAACCAGUCAAAAUGAUCGAUUGUCACUCUGAUGUCAUCCUCUGCAUGUCAUUUAACACAGACGGCAGCCUCCUAACCACUACUUGCAAAGACAGGAAGCUGCGGGUUAUUGAGCCAAGGUCUGGUCAAGUGCUGCAGGAGGCAAGCUGUAAAAACCACAAGGUAAACAGAGUGGUGUUUUUGGGGAACGUGAAGAGACUGUUGACCACUGGUGUAUCUCGAUGGAAUACAAGGCAGAUAGCCCUCUGGGACCAGGAGGACCUCUCCAUGCCAUUAAUUGAGGAAGAGAUUGAUGGACUCUCUGGACUGCUCUUUCCCUUCUAUGAUCCAGACACCCACAUGCUGUACCUGGCUGGCAAGGGCGAUGGAAACAUCCGAUACUAUGAAAUCAGUAAUGAGAAGCCGUACCUGCAGUACCUAAUGGAGUUCCGCUCACCUGCCCCCCAAAAGGGACUGGGAGUCAUGCCAAAGCAUGGAUUAGAUGUUUCUGCCUGUGAAGUGUUUCGCUUUUACAAGCUGGUUACCCUGAAAGGGGUAAUUGAGCCCAUUUCUAUGAUUGUGCCUCGGCGGUCAGAAACUUACCAAGAAGACAUCUACCCAAUGACGGCAGGAAACGAGCCAGCGCUCACAGCAACUGAGUGGCUGAGUGGCAUGAACAGGGAUCCCAUCCUCAUAUCCUUGAAGGAGGGGUAUAAAGCGCCAUCAACACUUGUGUUUAAAGCGCCAGUUAAAGAGAAGAAGGGUGUUGUGGUUAAUGGAAUUGAUCUCCUAGAAAAUGUGCCUCCUAGAACUGAGAAUGAGCUGCUCCGCAUGUUUUUCCGACAGCAGGAUGAGCUGCGCAGACUCAAAGAUGAACUUGCACAAAAGGACAUUAAAAUCCGGCAGCUGGAGCUUGAGCUGAGAAACCUGAGGAACUUGCCUAAAAAUGUGUGACUCGCCUUCCUGUGGGUCCUGCUUCCAUCCAGUAACUUCUCUUGUAUGAAAACAUUUUAUUUACAAGGAUGGAAGGCUCCUGCUUUCAACCUUGUGCUACUCUACACAAAACAGUGCAGUGCCCAUGCAAGCCAGGACCCUCACAGUACUGCCAAAGGACAAAUGCAGCUAUUCUCCCAGCUCCCCACUCAGGGAUGGAGCCCCUGGUUGCUGACAGGGUGGCCAUCAUGGCAGUGCUCCACCUUGCCCUGUCAGGUACACAUCAUGCUGUCCUGACAGCCUGUGUCUGCGUGAAAAGGCACAUCAAAACACUGGGGGCGUGAAGCCAGAAGCUACUCUGUUACUGCAGUGAGUUUGAGUGUACAGUAUGUAAGUAUGUAUGUGUGUGUGGGCAAGUAUGCAAGCAUGUGUGCCUGUGUCACCGCCACUCAAAUAAGGCUGGGCACACUAUGAUAUCUGAAGUCGGAGAAGCCCCCACCGUUGGUGAAAUCCUUUAGCCCUUUCCUCCUAAGCAUUGUGACACAAUUGAUAUCAUCAUAAGUCACUUUGCGCAGCAGUAGGUAAGAGUACCCGGGCACCAGUAACACUGUGCAGCAAUCAUGAUGUGGCACUUUCAGUCUGGAAGGGGUUGUGAUAUAUUUGACACAUUGGUUAAUGGCAAUCGAUGACUUGCAUAUUACAUUUUAUUACGUUUACUCAUGAUGUUAAGAUUCCAUCCAGUCAUAAAAAGUGUGAUAAUGAAGUCAGGGUGAAAUUGUUGAGUGUCUGCUCAGUCUUGACGGCAUCCACUACAGGACACACUUUUUACUGUUGGUUAUGCCUGGUAGAUUGUGGGGUGUUGGACAGGUGGAUGGUAAAUAACCAAGUUCAGAAUGGUAUUUGAUUAUGGAACCAAUAACAACAUUAUGGGCAACUCUGAGAAAAGCUCAAACAGGUUGAAAUCUGUACAGAAGCAAAUGCAAAUAAAAAUAUGGCAAAGCAAA